AUGACAGCAUCUCUGGCUCUCACAGAAGGACGAGGAGUGGGAGUUGGAGUAAACAACCUCUUAAAGCGACUCCUUAAUCGCUUCAAUCGCAAAAUAGCACGCAUUUUUUCCUCGUAUCCAGUCGCAAGUGCUGCAUCUCUUGGAGCCGUGGUUGGUUUUGCUCUUUCUAUAAUUUUUACCUGGAGAUUCUUGAGGUUGAGACCAAGAAAACUUAAAGGCACUACUGUCACUGAUGAUGCAUCUUCGACAAGUUAUCAUAAUCAAGUAUUAGGAUCUGUGGAGGAUCAGUUAUCCACUUCUUCAAAGCUCUCGCUGCAACAAACAGUGAAAAAGAAAUUAAAUGGUGGUCGAAAGAUGACUUGUCGAUUACUGGGAGUGAUUCUUGAAGAAAGCAGUCCUGAUGAGCUUCAGGAUCAUGUGACCGUCAGGGCAUCCAUGGUGGAUGUACUGUUGGAAAUAAGUAGAUAUUGCGAUAUCUAUCUUAUGGAAAGAACUCUUGAUGACAAAAGCGGGGAAAAGGUGAUCUCAGCUUUGGAAAAUGCCAACCUCUUCAGAUUUGGAAGCUUACUAAAAGACAAGAUACAAAUCAUAAAACAGAAAUCUGGAGGGUCAAGAGAAGUGGAACAAGUUAAGGAGCUCAGAUAUGAAGUUACAAAUACCAAUAGUGUCCUAUUUUGUAGCACAGAGAACAGCAUAUCAUCUUUUGUGCGGCAAUUGGAGCCAGAUUGGCAUUUGGAAACAAAUCUAGAUAUUCUUUUUCAGUUAGCUAAAUUUGUUAGAUAUCGGCUUUACAUUUCAGCCACUGGACCAGGUAUUGCUUCAGGAUCUAACAUAAUUACCUCCACGAGUAUCGAGUCCUACUUUUCUGAUGACAGUGUUGCAUAG